AUGAACCCCCAGCAACAGCAGCAGCAGCAGCAGAUCUCGCUGCACACGUGGGUACCGCCGUCGCCCCAGGAGCAGCAGUUGUACGACCGCCUGUUUGCUCAAGUGGACGACCAGCGACGCAAUGUCAUCGGAGGUCCACAAGCGGUCGCGUUGUUUUCGCGGUCGCAUGUGGACAAAUCGGUGCUACGUGAGAUAUGGAACAUUGCCGACGGUCGACGACAAAGUGCCUUGUCGCGGCAGGAGUUUUAUGUAGCCAUGCGGCUGAUCAGCAUGGCACAGCAUGGCGAGCAAGUGUCGGUGCAGAGGUUUCACGGCUUUGCCAAUAGGCCGUACCCUCUCGCGAAGAUUGAAGGAGUGGUGUUGCCUCAAGAAGUGCAUUGCACACCACAGAACGUGCAACAGCAGCAGCUGCCAACACAGGUGCCGGUUCAGGCCCACAUACAAGUGCCGCCACGGAAUGUUGGGAUGGGAGGACAUCCACAGCAGCUGUUGAGCACUGGUGCUUCGUUUGUACCUACAGCAGAAGAGAUGGGCAAGUAUCAGUUGGUGUUCCAGCAGUACGAUACCGACCAUGACGGGUUUCUGAACGGCGCUGAGGCAGUGGCGCUGUUCCAACUGUCUGGCCUCGAUCGCAAUGUGCUUCGCGAAAUCUGGUCGAUGGCAGACGUGACGCGCGACAGCAAGCUUAGUGUGCAAGAGUUUUACGUAGCGAUGCACCUGAUCGUGUGCGUGAGUAAGCGUGGACUACGGAUGCCGCCCACGUUACCCCGUGAGCUCAGCGAGGCAGUAUUUAGUGCGCGCAGCGUUGGCGCGGGGGCAGCGCUUGACCAAGGCUCUGGAUCUCAGGGAAUAGCAAGUGUAUCGCAAGAUAAGCUCGUGGGAAAGCAGCUAGAGGAUGCGCCACCGUAUAAGCCUGAGGGAAUGUGUGCGUUUGACUCAUUGUCCACCACGGCGGAUACACCGCUGCCAAACCUGCUUCCGCCGCCAAGCCCGCACGAUUCGCGUAAAAGUGCUUUCGAUCAGGCUGAUACUAGCGGAAGCAACGUUCAGCUGGAAGGCUUUAGCGGACCUCCAGCUGCUUCCCCUAGUGUCAGUCUGCACGGAAGCGUACCCACGUCGUUCGAACAGCAAGAGCGCUACGGCUUUACGACGACGCACACUCCUAAGGUUGUCGCCAGGGCUCGCACGAACUCGGCGUCAUCGAUGAAUUCGAUGUCCAGUUUCGGUGACUUUUCGUCGCUAUCGUCUCAGCAGUCAAUGCAGCUUCCUCUCCACGAUUUCGGCAGCAACGAUCGUGCUCAAGCUGGCAAUCCAAGUUAUCAGGCACAACAUGGGCUUGCUGCUGGCGGGGGCUUUGGUGUACCGCAAACUUUGUCGGAGAAACCGUUCAUGAGUGGUGAGGAAGAAAAAAGGUUGGCGAGACAGCUUGACCAGCAGAAUCGGGAUUUUGCUCAGAUUGUCGCGGAUGUGGAGCGCAAGCUACCCGCGAUCGAGACGAUGUCCACAGCAUUGGACAGUCUCCAUGAAAUGCGCGAUGAGCUCGUGGCUCUUGUGAUGAAGCGGGAUGCAAUGCGUGCUGCAUCAACUUCCGCUUCUGCCUCGAAUGGCGAUGUUGGAAGUGACAAGACUUGGCACGCUGUAGCACAGAGUCUUCAAAGCCUGGUGGACAAUCAGAAGCAGCUGGUCCGCCGACUACAGAGUGAUAUCUCCAGAGAGGAAAGUGAACUGGAAGAGGCCAUAUUGAGCGCAAAGCUUCAGCAGAAGAUGUCACUCGAGUCACGAUCACCCGUGACUGGCGCAACAUCGCCGCCGGUAUUGACGCACGCCUCCUCAAGAGCUGCAAAGGGCGAGGCUACUGCUUUUGCCAGCACUCCUCUUACUUUUGGCGAGCCCGAUGGUAUGUCACUUCCUGUGACGGUUCCCAGUGCACCUCCCAUGUCUACGUCUCCCCAUGGUGUGGCUGACAGCAGUGGGUUCGAUGCGUUUGGCAGCUUUGAAUCUGGACCAUCUCCAGCAGCUACGAUUCCGUCAACGAUUCCGUCAAUGAUUCCGCCAACGUCUCCAUUUUCUCAGCAUUUAUCUGCACCCCCAAGUGCUAGGGGAGAUGGUAACUUCGAUGCGUUUGAUGAUUGCGCAGCUGUGUCAUCCACCGGUAAAGACCCGUCAUUGAUGCUCGAUUUUGGCGGAGAAUCACCGUUCACAUCUGCAUCUGUGCCUGCUGCGAUGAGCGAUGACACUGGAUUUGGCGAUUUCAAUGCGGCAGCACCACUCGCUACUUAUGCUGAGAGCAUGUUACCCCCUAUAUCAGCAGCAAUCGACGCGUCGUUUGCUCCAUUUCAGCCGUCGCCAUCUCCUGCUGCGAUAGCGUUUUCCGGAUUCGACGAUUUUGGUACAGCUCCCUCCUCUACAAUUUCAGUGGCAGUGAUGGAAGGUACCAGCGACAGCACCAACUUCAGCUCGGAGCCGACGUCUUUUUUCGAUGCAGAUUCCAGUGCGUCCGCACAUGAGUUUGGCCCACGUGAUCUACUGGUUGCAACGGAAGACCCCGUGUUUGAUGCUUUUCCUACUACAGCUUUAUUCGAUGCCGACGCUACGCCAUCAGCAAGCACAGCUGUUGACACUCCGAACUUGCUACUUGCUUCUGUUGCUGCAGACAAGAACGAACCGGACGCGUUUGGCGAUUUUGGUGGUGUUACAGCGUCGAUUGACACUGCAGUGGAAUUUGCGGAGUCGGCCGCAUUUGAGCUACAACCAAGUGGAAGCGCGCUAUCUCCAUCGACAUCUUCUUCUAUCGCUGCGAUGCCGUCUAGCACCAUCGGUUCUCUUCCAGCAAUGAUGGGAAGUGCUGAAGAAGCAUUUGCGUCGGAAAAGACCACUGGCGACUCACCGUUCUCUCCAGUCGCUUCAGCUGACAGCAAUAGCGUCACUGGACUUGGCGAUUUUGACGGAUUCGGCGGCUUCAUCGCAGCUCCGACAGACACUACCGCUCCACUUUCCACAUCUACUUCUAUCGCUGCGACGCCAUCUAGCAACAGUUGCACCAUCGAUUCCUUUCCCGCAACGAUGGAAAGUGUUGAAGAAGCAUUUGCGUCGGAGAAGACCACUAGCGACUCACCGUUCUCUCCAGUCGCUUCAGCUGACAGCAAUAGCGUCACUGGACUUGGCGAUUUUGACGGAUUCGGCGGCUUCAUCGCAGCUCCGACUUUGACAGACACUACCGCUCCACUUUCCGCGCCUGAUGAGCCAGCAGCGAUGAUCUCCGAUACCGCUCUGCUUUCUCCCGAAGCCAAGAUCGACAACGAAGAAGGUUGUGAAGACAUCAGCGUCGCCUCAGCUUCGACUCUCGCUGCAACGACAGGAAGUCAAACUACGGAGUCGGUCGUUGGUAAUGAGUGCUCACCCGUACCAUCUGGCAGCAAGAAACUUGGCGACUUUGUCGACAUCAACUUGGCUUCCGUGACAGCUGACAGCGACAACACUCUGCUCUCUCCUGUCAACGAUGGCUUUGAAGUGAUCGAUGACUUUGUCGCUGCUCCAUUACCCGCGACUGAUGAGAAAGCGGUUGACACCAAUAACUGCAGCGACUCGGAGGCGUGA